CUUCAGCUACAACCUUUGUAAACAAAAUGUGACGUGGCUAAUCUUGUUGGACGAGAGAAGAAACAAGAAAACACGAAACAUUUAGCUUCAUAUCAGAGACAUUAAAUAUAUUUAGUUACACAAGUAUAAACUAUAAUAAAGAGUAUAAUUACUCUGUUCGGUUUCGGGACGGAAACAGGAAAAAGUAAGCUAACUGCUAACAUCAAGACUUAAAGGGAUGCUGUGAGAUGUCGAACAGCGAAGCCUCUCGAGCAGCAGCUGAAGGAAGGGAGGACGAGCUGAAAGGUGCUCCUCCUGCUGAGACACCGGACAGCUCCUCCCCGUCCUCGCCUGUCGUCUCCACCGACGUGUCCCCGACGAGGAAGGCCAGGAGGAAAACGGCAGCCGAAGCCGAGGAGAAGCCCAGAGAGGAGCAGCCGGCAAAGAUGCCCAGCGAGUCCACUGUGUCUCAGGGUGGGUGGGGCUACUGGGGCAGCUGGGGCAAAUCCAUUCUGACCACAGCAACGACUACUGUGGCCACCGUGGGCCAGGGGCUGACUCAGGUCAUAGAGAAGGCAGAGACGUCUCUGGGAAUCCCGAGRCCGACCGAGCUGUCGGCUCAGACUCCAGACGAGCAGGAGCAGGAGGCGGAGUCCGGAGCGAGUCCAGAGUCCGGCGGUGAGUCGCAGCGAGCCGCGAGCAACGGGGCGUCGGCAGUGGGGAGCGCCAUGGGGAUGUUGUCGUCUCUCACCAGCGCCGUCCAGACCACGGGGAAGACGGUGAUAACCGGAGGUCUGGACGCUCUGGAGUUCAUCGGGAAGAAGACGAUGGACGUGAUCGCGGAGGGUGACCCGGGCUUUAAGAAGACCAAGGGUCUGAUGAACAGGAACGCCACUCUGUCUCAGGUGCUGCGGGAGGCCAAGGAGCGCGAGGAGCUGCAGACGACAGACCAGGAUUCCUCCGACUCGGAGAAGAAGGUGGUGGCACACUACGGGAUGAUGUUCGAUGAGUUCCAGGGUCUGUCCCACCUGGAGGCUCUGGAGCUUCUGUCCAGAGAGAGUGAGCUGAAGGUGAAGUCGGUGCUGACCACUCUGUCAGGAGACCAGCUGCUGGAGCUCAGGGACCAGCUGGACCGGAUCAAAGACUCCUUCUCCAUGGUGGAGUUUGACGAGGAGGAGGUGGACGAGAGCAAAGAUGCAGACGGAGCAGAGUUUGAGAAGGAGCUAACAGAAGCCCUGGAAGGUCUGAGUGUUUCUGCCACGGCUGACAAACUCAACAAGGCCUGCAGGGACACCUGCGCCACGCUCCGGGACAUGAACGCACCUCAGAGCGAUGAAGAGCUGAAGAAGACAAGUUCUGUAGAGGAGGUUCACGCGGCGGCCAUCAGGAGUCUGGCCCAGCUGACGGCCCGAUCCAUCGAGCUGUUCCACAAACUGGCUGAGAUGAUCCUGUUCUCCACCGGCAGCACCGAGGCCGCCGCCCUCUCCCAGAUAACGGUGGUCCUGUGUAAAGAAAUCUCCUUGCUGUCCAAGAAGUUCACUUCCUGUCUGACCACAGCGGGGAGCACUGAGAAGGGAGACGUCCUGAACCCACUGAUAACUGGAGUCUUUCUUGAGGCGUCCAACAGUGCGUCUUACAUCCAGGACGCCUUCCAGCUCCUCCUGCCCAUCCUGGAGAUCUCCCACAUCCAGAGGAGGUCCGGGUCCUCGGAGCAGUGAGCAGGUGACCCCACCUGUGACCUCCUCUGCUGCUGCUGCCAUGACGCCUGGAGUCAGACUCCCUGCUCAUCGUUUUGUAACUUUUAAACAGCUUUUAUGGACUUGUCCUGUGAGAUGUAAAACAAGUAUCAUGAAGUGUGGAAGGAGAAGCAGGUUUGUGUCAGUGUUAAUGUUUGUUUUAUCUGUGAGGAGCUGUAGAGGAUCUGUUAAAUGUAUCUGGACCUGCCAGCUUCUGAGACAAACACAGGAAAUAAAACCAGGAACCAGCUCAUUGUUUCAUUUUUAACCUUUUUAACUCGCCUCAAACACCUGGUUGAAAAAAAACACUUUGAUUUAAUAAUUCACAAAGAAAUAAAUCACCUGUUUGAACAAAACACA